CGUCGAAGAUGGUUUACGAAUAAUUCACAUUCUGAUAGAUUUUACAAAUGUCAGUGUUUAAUUAUUAAAAUUUAAUAAGAAAAUAAAUUAUUACCUUAAUAAGAAACUAUGACUUCUGUCAGCGAAGUUGGUUCGUUACCUAAAACAAAAAAACCUUCGGACAGUGCAUUUAAGCAACAACGUUUACCUGCUUGGCAACCAAUACUUACUGCUGGAACUGUCUUACCAACAUUUUUUGUAAUCGGGAUUGCUUUUAUUCCAGUUGGAGUUGGAUUACUUUAUUUUUCUGAUCAAGUCAAAGAAUAUAUUUUAGAUUAUACAGACUGCAAUUCUACGAACAUUUUCCGUGCAAAAGGAAUGCCUAUUAAAUGUGCAGAUGUCAUAGCACAAAAUCAUUCACAACCUUGCUAUUGUAAAUUAAAUUUUACAUUGCCAUCUGAUUUCAGUGGAAAAAUUUACAUGUAUUAUGGUUUGACUAACUUCUAUCAGAAUCAUAGACGAUAUGUAAAAUCAAGAGAUGAUAAUCAAUUAUUAGGAAAAAUAAGUAAUGUUGUCUCAGGAGAUUGUGAACCAUUUGCUUAUGAUGGAGACAAACCUAUUGUACCAUGUGGUGCUAUUGCUAAUUCAUUAUUUAGUGACGAAUUAAAAUUGUAUUCUAUAAAACACGAUAUAGAUGUACCAUUAUUAAAAACUGGUAUAGCUUGGCCCUCAGAUAAGAACAUUAAAUUUAGAAAUCCUGAGGGUAAUUUAACAAAAGUAUUUCAAAAUUUUACAAAACCAAAGAAUUGGACUAAACAUAUUUAUGACUUAGAUAUAAAAAAUGAAAGCAAUAAUGGUUUUCAAAAUGAAGAUUUGAUUGUUUGGAUGAGAACUGCAGCUUUACCUACUUUUAGGAAACUUUAUCGUAGAGUAAAUCAUACAGCAGAUGGUUUCACUGAAGGUUUAUUAGCAGGAAAUUAUACACUUACCGUUAACUAUACAUAUCCUGUGUCUGCCUUUGAUGGCAGAAAAAGAAUGAUUUUGAGCACUACCUCACUUCUUGGUGGAAAAAAUCCCUUUCUUGGUAUUGCUUAUAUAGUUGUAGGAUGUAUUUGUUUGUUGUUAGGCAUUACAUUAUUAAUAAUACACAUCAAAUGUUCCAAAAGCAAACUAAUGUAAAGAUGACUGCAACAAAGUAUGCUUAGGGCACCAUAAUUGUUCUUUGUAACAGGGAUGAUUAAUGUGACUCCAAAUACACCAUACCAAGAAUAAUUAUAUAAAUCAUUAUAGAAAUUGAG